CCGACACAGCAUGUCACAUGCCGUGCGAAUAAGAAACCGGAGGAAUCGGCUGAAACAGGGCUUUGUUUAUAUUUAUGAUUUAUGUGUUAUUGAUGCAUGCUCCGUGAUUAAUACGACUAAGUUGUUUCGUGGAUUUUCAAAGCCACAAUGCUUAGUUAUAGAGUAAAUUCAUUCAACGAUGUAAGUUUGGGAGAGCCGGAGCAGGACGCUAAUUCAGCUUUGACAGAAUUGGAUAAAGGUCUUCGCUCGAGCAAGAUUGGUGAACAAUGCGAAGCAAUUGUCAGAUUUCCUCGGUUGUUUGAAAAAUACCCUUUUCCUAUACUCAUAAACUCUUCUUUGCUUAAACUUGCUGAUGUUUUCAGAAUGGGAAAUAAUUUUUUACGGCUUUGGGUACUCCGAGUCUGCCAGCAAAGUGAAAAACAUUUAGAUAAGAUAUUAAAUGUCGAUGAAUUUGUACGAAGAAUAUUCAGUGUAAUUCACUCAAACGAUCCGGUGGCAAGAGCUCUCACUUUAAGAACUUUGGGUAGUGUAGCUGGAAUUAUUCCAGAAAGACAGCAUGUUCAUCACAGUAUUCGCAGAAGUCUGGAUAGCCAUGAUAGUGUGGAAGUGGAAGCUGCGAUAUAUGCGGCUAAUCAGUUUGCUUCUCAGUCAAAGACCUUUGCUCUCAGUAUGUGUAACAAAAUGUCAGACAUGAUCCAAGGAUUAACAACUCCAGCUCACAUGAAACUUCAACUCAUACCUAUACUGCAGCACAUGCAUCAUGAUACAUCUACUGCUGCAAUGGUUCAAGAGCUCUGCACAGAUCUGCUCCCCAAGUACCCCGCUCAGGAUUUUGUACCUGUCAUUCUUCAUACUUUGACUCAGUUGGCUUUGGCCACUCUUGUUAAUGUUCCAAAGCAAGUUAGCCUUCUUCUCCAACACCUCAAAGAUGAUCAGAGACCUGUUGUCCGGCAAGAAGCUCUUCAUGGCCUACGUCUCUUGGCAGCAGAAUGUGCACAUCUGUGGCCGUCUGGCACUGUGGAGGAGGUGGUGCAAAUAGCUGAUAACUCUUCUUCGCAGGCUGUUCUAAGCCGUUGUCUGGACGUGCUUCAAGUCCUUGCCAAAUCGUCUGCUGCAUGCCAUUCUCAUUUAUGCCAUGAUUCACCAUUAAUGGAACUUUGCAACAGGACAUGUUAUUCAAGUGAUCCUAGUAUAGCAGCAAAAGCAGUGCAAGUUAUUACAAGAAUUGUGUGUUAUAGUUACAAGGAGGAGCAUACUCAGGAUGCAAUUUCUCAAGCUGUAGAUGCUGUAGAAUCCUUAUUCCUUCUCAUUACUGUUGGGCAAAGCCAAAAGUACCUUCGUGAAAUGAAAAUAUGUCUUCAGUGUGCUGUAAGUCUUUGUACCGUCAAUCGUCAGCUUUGUAAUAAUUUUGUUCAGCUCUUUGGUACACGGCUUAUGUCAGGAUCUUGUAACUCUGAACUUUGUGAGGCACUGGGUGCAAUUGGUAAUCUAAGACCAUCAGCUCUUCUCUCACUUAUACCAGACAUUCUAUUAAAAUUGAAAGAAUUGACUUCCACCAACACUUCGGUUGAACAAAACCAAUUGAAGGUUAUGCUGUGUACUCUUGUUUUUCAAUCUGCUGUUGGAUUUACCUGGAACCCUGAAGCUAGCGAUGUAAUAAAGUGUGUUGUGAAAACAAACGACCAGUGGGCAAACUUUAGGACUAUGAGAGCUGCUGCCCGAUAUGGUCAUCAUUUUAUCUCAUCUUCACUUGCUGCUAGCCUAAAAGAUCAUGUCUCUUCUGAACAUUUCCAUUUUUGGCUUGUUUGUCUGGAAGAAUUAAGCUUUGGGGAAGCACAAUUACAUGACAGCAAAGGAAAUACUUGCUUAGAGUCAAGGAUAAGUCUUGCAAGUUCUCACUAUUGUAAAGCUGCUGCUGCAUUAAAGGCAGCAAGUACUCCUGCUCAUUGUCUUCAAUUCCAGUCAGAGUUUAUUCGUUUGAGAGGAGAAUUCUUACAACUUUUAGCUCAGGUAGUACAUUGCUGCCGUAGUUAUUGCACAGCUCCUCCACCAGCUGUAGCUGGGUCCAUGGCAACUGCAACUCGUGAUGACUUAUUACGAUUUGGUCACAUUACUCCUGAACUUCGUAAGUGUGCCAAGGAUUUAAGAGCAUGCGGUGAGAUGUAUUGGAAACUUUAUCAAUCAGCUUUUGAUGCGGAUAAGUGCUCAUUAGCCAAUAUUCAAAUAUUACAGCAAAUGUGUGUUCUCAUGGCUCACAGCAUUGAAAGGGUUGUUAUUACCAACUACCAGGAGGAGACAGCAUUUGACUGCAGUCUUCAAGAGUGCAGUUUAGAGACACAAUAUAUGGUAAAAUGUUGCCAAGAGGCUGCUGGUCUUGCUCAGGCUAUAGCUACAAUUCAGGAAGUCAAACCAGUUACACAUUUGCAUGUCGAUGUAGUUCUUAGACAAGCUGAAAUCUUGGCAAAUACUUCUCUGUGUAUACCUCGAUUUUUCUUCCAAGUUCUUCAGUCUACAAGUGUCAAGCUUGCUGUGAGUCCACAACCCAGAGUUAUGGGAGAAAAUAUCAGUGUACAAGGUGGAUCACAGCUUGCAGUCAAAGUAGAGGGUGUGAUACAGCAUGGGAAGCGUCCAGGACUGUUCCGAAGAGUCAAUAGAGUAAUAGUCUCAGUUAACUCCCAACUGCAGGCUAGGCCCAAUGUUCAACUGGAUGUCAAGAUGGCUGACACAGGGUCUGUGCUUUCACAAACAGUGAUUCCACAUCGUGAUUUCUUCACAGCAGAGUUUUUAAUGGCAUUUUCAGUCGGUGGACAGUAUAUUUUGACCAUUGAGGCUAGUGUGAUUGAUGAAAAGGGUAAUGCUUGGAGAACUGGUCCAAGGCAGAGUCUCAGUGUUCGCAGCCAUGAAGAAACGCCAAAGACAUCAAAUGUUCAACAAGGAGCUGCAAAUCAAUCUAGCAGCAGAGCUCGUUACUAAAUUGAUUCCAUUCAGCUAUUUGGUGCACAUGCAAGUAUGUCCAUUGUAUCUCCUGGUAAAAGCAGCUGUUAAAAAUGAAUUUAUGUAACU